AUGACCUACUACAGCAGCUACUAUGGAGGCCUGGGCUAUGGCUAUGGAGGCUUUGGUGGCCUGGGCUAUGGCUAUGGCUGUGGAUGUGGCAGCUUCCGUAGACUGGGCUACGGUUGUGGCUGUGGAUACGGCUCUGGCUAUGGAGGCUUUAGAUAUGGCUGCUGUCGCCCAUCUUGCUAUGGAGGAUACUCAUCCUAUGGCUUCUACUGA